GAAAUUAGGACUCUACGAGCUGAGACUGAGCGGAAAACUAGAAAGAAGGCAAGAAGGCGUGCUAUUCUAGGUAAUGAUACCCUUUUAUCUGUACAAGAAGGCCAAAAUCGCAUUCAGCAGCUUGAUACGCAGCUUAAUGAGAAGCUUGAUGAGCCUACACCUAUGCCUCAACGGCGAGCUCCACAACGCUGCAGUGGCUUGGGUGCGGCGAAAAUUCGUCGCUCGGUGGUAUUCGUCGCUCGGUGGUUGAUUACGUUAAGGAAAUACACCUUACGCAUAUGGAGGUCCGAAGGUCCGGAGCAUUUAGGUAUAAACAUUUAG